UUUGUGCGAAACUGUUCAGUUGCUCGAAAUCCGACUAUCUCGUCUUGGAGUUUUCCAGAAAUGUCUAGGUUGAUUGCCUACCAUGAGUUCACCUACCAUGACCUGCAGACCGGAAUACGAGACCGGUUCGAUUGAUUCCGAGAUUGACAAAGGAUGUUCGCUCUGCCUGCAUGCAUCUCAAGAUGACGAGAAGAGGCUAUGUUACAUGCCAAACCUGAACCUAGCACCCUCUAAAGUCAGUCGGGUUAUGCAAGUAGGGUCUUGGAAGGCAUCGCGUGACCCUCUCUUGAGAUACAGUAUUGACUAUAUUGUCUUGUGUUCAAUGGGUUGUUCUCAGCAUAAGCACAUUACUGUGAACUUUUUCUCUGAAAACCCAAUAAAGGGUGGCCUGACGAUUGAUCUUGUCUGUAGUUCAGUCGGGAGAAUCCAGCCCAGGGUUCCCCUGUCUUCAGAUACAUCUCCUGACACUCGGAUGGAUACAUACACUCCCCACCAUCGUCCCUUGUCCACUAAGUUGGACGGUGGACGGAUGAUUCCGACCCGAGGCUGCUGGGAUUCAAACGCUCCACUAGGUGAUCGUCGUUCGAUCUGAACUUCGGGGGAGAGACGGCGAGCGAUGCUUGGAUUCUAUCAUUGAUUGUGGAUGAGAACGACAAGACUGCAGCAGAUUCCACAGGGGGCCUAUUGUGCAUUCUACCGUGUGAUCCAUACUGUCUAUUUGGCG